UGCGCAGCAUAGCUUCCGGGUUGAAACGGAGCGUCGCAUUAGCAACUUGCAUUUUCUUUUAGACGAACUCCUCGACCCAAGUGUACCUUGGAAAAUGUCCCGAGGCUCGAGUGCAGGGUUCGAUCGCCACAUUACCAUCUUCUCUCCUGAAGGAAGGCUUUAUCAAGUCGAAUAUGCUUUCAAGGCUAUAAAUCAAGGUGGACUCACGUCAGUCGCAGUUCGUGGAAAGGACUGUGCAGUUGUUGUUACACAGAAAAAGGUCCCGGACAAGCUUCUGGAUUCCGCCACAGUGACCCACCUUUUCAGAAUAACAGAUAACAUUGGAUGUGUAAUGUCCGGAAUGACAGCUGACAGCCGGUCCCAAGUUCAGCGCGCUCGCUAUGAAGCAGCUAACUGGAAGUACAAGUACGGCUAUGAGAUCCCAGUGGACAUGCUGUGUAAGAGAAUUGCAGACAUCUCUCAAGUCUACACACAGAACGCUGAGAUGCGACCGCUGGGCUGCUGUAUGAUUGUGAUCGGCAUUGAUGCAGAAUGCGGCCCGCAGGUCUACAAAUGUGACCCAGCGGGCUACUACUGUGGGUUCAAAGCCACCGCUGCUGGAGUGAAGCAGACAGAAGCCACCAGUUUCCUGGAGAAAAAGGUGAAAAAGAAAUUGGACUGGACCUUCGAACAAACUAUCGAGACGGCGAUUUCUUGUCUCUCAACUGUCCUCUCCAUUGACUUCAAGCCCUCUGAGCUUGAGGUGGGUGUGGUCACAACACAGGACCACAAGUUCAGGAUUCUGACGGAGGCCGAAGUGGAUACUCAUCUGAUGUCCCUGGCAGAGCGGGACUAAGCCUGAAGAAAGUGUCCCCUUUUUGAAUUACGUUAGAGCAUGAUGGGAUAUGCAGUUCUCACAUGGAAACUGGCGUUAUCUUGGUUUGCUGUAUAUUGCCCCCACCAAUACAUUGAACAAUAAAAACGUUUUGGAGUAAAAUAA